GGAAGUUGGGCCUGGGAGCCUUGACGUUAGGAACGAAGUCGAACCUGGAUCUGGAGCCGGGCCCAGGUUCCGGCUCCCGCUUCCUGCCCGGAGCCUGUUGAAGGGCGCAAGUCGCUCGAUCUCCAUGCUUAAUGGACCACCCCUCUCGUCAUGGCCCGAGAAGCUAGUUUGUCUUCUUGGUCUAGAUGCCUGGCGCGCCCAGCCUCCACAAGCUCGACUACUUUCAGAGUUCUAGGAAGCUUGCCCCGCCCCCUGGGUUGUCACCCUCGGCUGUCUACCCAGAAUGGAGUCCAGACUUGAGCCUUACUCCAAACUCUUGGGUGUGAGAUUAUUGCCUGGUGAAGAAGCUCCUUUCCUCCGACCCCCGCCCCCACCCUGACUUUAGGAAGAUAGAGGGGAAGGGGUCAUCCGUCAAGCUGUGUUGUGACCUGUACAAGGUUUAGGAUUUGGAAGAACAGUUCCUGGGAUGGUUGUAAGGUUAAAGAAUUCUAGUCCAGAAGCAGCUCAGCUUUUCUAUAAUCAAGAUGACCCUUUCUAACAAAUGGGAGAGGCCCAUUGUUCUACUGCAGCAGCUGUGAACUGUCCUGCUUUCUUGUGCCCCAUCUGUCUAUAGAGGAGUUGGAAUGAUCAGGUUGUUUAGAUGUGAUUAGACAUUCUUAUUCUUGGAAGGACCUGGAAAAGUCCCUCUAAUUCAUUCCUCUGUUGCUGGGCAAGAUUGUAAUAACUUUAGUGGUGGCCUAGAUUCAUGACAGGCAAUAAGGAAAGCAGAAACAGAAUAGUUGGAGGAGUGCAUAGGAUUUGGGGUACUCCUAGCUCCUCUGCUUGAAGCUUAGAUAAAUGAUCUUUUUACAUGAAAUUUAACUUUGUCAUUGAUCCUUGAACUCUUUUCCUAGGUUAUUGUGAGAAGUUUUUGUGCCUGGCCUGCACUUAAUAGUGUCUGGUACCCUACUAGAGUUUUGGGGUAUCCUUUACAUUUAAUAAUUUUAAUGCUUCAGUUCUCAAAUCCAACAUUCUUUUGGUGGAAAGACUGGAAAUGGAGUAGCAUUUGAAUUGUUGCGGUUCAGCCAAAGAAUUUCAUUUCUCUAAUCAGUUACUCUAAAAUUUGUCUUUUGAGGAGGAAGGAAUUUAGCUGAUAUGUUUUGUAUGUGUAGCCUGAGUGAUUACAAAUGACUAGCAGAUUAGAGGGUAUUCAGUUUUUGUUGAAUGAGCCCAUGCUAGAGUGAAUGAGUUAGAAGUGGGAACAUUGUUUCAUUUACUUAAUAUCACAGUAGUUCAUCAGUAGCAGGACUCCUUGUGUGACUAGACACUAGAAAUCAUUACCACUGGGGAAUGGAGGCUGUUGCCCCAUUCCAUUGGGCAUGUCUGAAGUUGAAAUUUAUAUCCUUUUGGCAGUGACAAAGCAUGGGGUUCACAGUAACAAAUCUUUACUUUGAGGAGGUAAUCUGGCUACUGGCUGGGACAGAAAAUGAUAAAGAUCCUGUGGUAGUAUGGGAACAAUUAGGCUGAUAACUGCCUGAUAAGGUCAGUCCUUUUUUGUGUCUACUUCCUACCCUCUAUAAUUGCUCUGUCUUUAGAAAGUUGAUUUCGACUAAUUUCUCACUUCUGUUUCAUCUUAGGUGAGAUCGAGUUGGGGAUGCACUCAUAAUGAAUGUCAACCAGUCAGCUCCACCUCUGCCGCCAUUUGGGCAGUCCCAGCCUGUCUACCCAGGGUAUCAUCAAUCCAGUUAUGGUGGGCAACCAGGAUCCACAGCCCCCCCAACUCCUUAUGGAGCCUACAAUGGCCCAGUACCAGGCUAUCAGCAAACACCUCCCCCAGGUGUGUCAAGAGCCCCGCCUUCUUCAGAGGCACCUCCAGCCUCAACAGCACAGGCCCCUUGUGGCCAGGCUGCAUAUGGCCAGUUUGGCCAAGGAGAUGUACAGAAUGGGCCAAGCUCCACUGUUCAGAUGCAGAGGUUCCCUGGGUCUCAGCCCUUUGGGUCAGUCCCACUGGCCCCUGUGGUCAGCCAGCCAACUGUGCUUCAGCCCUAUGGCCCUCCCCCCACGAGUGCACAGGUGACUGCCCAGCUGGCUGGAAUGCAGAUCAGUGGUGCUGUGGCCCCAGCCCUUCCCCCCGUGGGGCUGGGCUAUGGCCCACCAACAUCGCUGGCCUCAGCCUCAGGAAGUUUCCCCAACUCUGGUCUGUAUGGCUCCUAUCCUCAGGGCCAGGCUCCUCCCCUUAGCCAGGCCCAGGGUCAUCUUGGGGCCCAGCCUCCCCAGCGAUCUGCCCCACCACAGGCCUCCAGCUUCACAUCUCCAGCUUCAGGGGGUCCUCGGAUGCCUUCGAUGACUGGUCCACUCCUAUCUGGACAGGGUUUUGGGGGGCCCUCUUUGAGCCAGCCCAACCAUGUGUCCUCACCUCCUCCUCAAGCUCUGCCCCCUGGCACCCAAAUGACUGGGCCCCCAGGACCACCGCCACCUAUGCACUCCUCCCAGCAGCCAGGCUAUCAGCUGCAACAAAAUGGUUCCUUUGGACCAGCCCGGGGCCCUCAGCCCAAUUAUGGAAGUCCCUACCCAGGAGCACCCACCUUUGGCAGUCAGCCUGGGCCUCCUCAACCACUGCCUCCUAAGCGCCUGGAUCCUGAUGCCAUCCCCAGCCCUCAACUCAAUGAGCUGCCUCCUCAGCAGAAAACCAGGCACAGAAUAGACCCUGAUGCCAUUCCUAGUCCAAUUCAGGUUAUUGAGGAUGACAGGAACAACCGGGGUUCAGAGCCAUUUGUUACUGGAGCACGGGGACAGGUGCCACCCUUAGUCACCACCAACUUCUUGGUGAAAGACCAAGGGAAUGCAAGUCCCCGAUAUAUCCGAUGCACAUCCUAUAACAUCCCUUGCACAUCUGACAUGGCUAAGCAGGCUCAGGUGCCUUUGGCGGCUGUCAUCAAGCCACUGGCAAGGCUGCCACCAGAGGAGGCUUCACCGUAUGUCGUGGACCACGGGGAAUCUGGCCCUUUGCGCUGCAACCGCUGCAAAGCAUAUAUGUGUCCCUUCAUGCAGUUCGUUGAGGGAGGGAGGCGCUUCCAGUGCUGCUUUUGCAGUUGCAUCAAUGAUGUUCCCCCCCAGUAUUUUCAACAUCUGGAUCAUACCGGCAAACGUGUGGAUGCUUAUGACCGUCCUGAGCUAUCCCUGGGCUCUUAUGAAUUCUUGGCCACUGUAGAUUACUGCAAGAACAAUAAGUUCCCCAGCCCUCCUGCCUUCAUCUUCAUGAUUGAUGUCUCCUACAAUGCCAUCAGGAGUGGUCUUGUUAGGCUCCUCUGUGAGGAGCUCAAGUCACUGAUAGACUUUCUACCUAGGGAGGGCGGAGCAGAAGAGUCAGCAAUCCGAGUUGGCUUCGUCACCUAUAAUAAGGUGCUCCACUUCUACAAUGUGAAGAGCUCAUUGGCCCAGCCACAGAUGAUGGUUGUAUCUGAUGUGGCUGACAUGUUUGUGCCACUGCUGGAUGGCUUCCUUGUCAAUGUCAGUGAGUCUCGGGCAGUCAUUACCAGCUUAUUGGAUCAGAUUCCUGAAAUGUUUGCAGACACAAGGGAGACAGAGACAGUAUUUGCCCCAGUUAUCCAGGCUGGCAUGGAGGCUCUAAAGGCUGCUGAGUGUGCAGGGAAGCUGUUUCUGUUCCAUACCUCCCUGCCCAUUGCAGAGGCCCCAGGGAAACUGAAGAAUAGAGACGAUAGGAAGUUGAUCAACACAGACAAGGAGAAGACUCUGUUCCAGCCUCAGACAGGUGCCUAUCAGACCCUGGCCAAAGAGUGUGUGGCUCAAGGCUGUUGUGUAGAUCUCUUUCUCUUCCCUAACCAGUAUGUGGAUGUGGCCACGCUCUCUGUUGUACCCCAGCUCACGGGUGGCUCUGUCUACAAAUAUGCUUGCUUUCAGGUGGAGAAUGACCAGGAACGGUUCCUGAGUGACCUGCGUCGGGACGUACAGAAGGUUGUUGGCUUUGAUGCUGUGAUGCGCGUUCGGACAAGCACUGGUAUCCGUGCUGUAGAUUUCUUCGGGGCUUUCUACAUGAGCAACACAACAGAUGUGGAGCUGGCUGGGCUAGAUGGGGACAAGACGGUGACUGUGGAGUUCAAGCAUGACGAUCGGCUCAAUGAAGAGAGUGGAGCCCUCCUGCAGUGUGCCCUGCUCUACACCAGCUGUGCUGGGCAGCGACGGCUCCGCAUCCACAAUCUGGCCCUGAACUGCUGCACACAGCUGGCUGAUCUGUACCGAAACUGUGAGACUGACACGCUCAUCAACUACAUGGCCAAGUUUGCAUACCGGGGGGUCCUCAAUAGCCCCGUGAAGACUGUUCGUGAUACUCUCAUCACUCAGUGUGCCCAGAUCCUGGCCUGUUAUAGAAAGAACUGUGCCAGCCCCUCCUCGGCGGGACAGUUGAUCCUUCCUGAGUGCAUGAAGCUACUCCCAGUUUACCUGAACUGUGUGUUGAAGAGUGAUGUCCUGCAGCCUGGAGCUGAAGUCACUACUGAUGACCGUGCCUAUGUCCGACAGCUGGUUACUUCCAUGGAUGUGGCUGAGACCAAUGUCUUCUUUUAUCCUCGGCUUCUACCACUGACAAAGUCUCCCAUUGAGAGUGCCACUGAACCACCAGCAGUUCGAGCAUCUGAAGAGCGUCUAAGCAAUGGGGAUAUAUAUUUGCUGGAGAACGGGCUCAACCUCUUCCUGUGGGUGGGAGCAAGUGUCCAACAGGGUGUUGUCCAGAGCCUCUUCAGUGUCUCGUCCUUCAGUCAGAUCACCAGUGGCUUGAGUGUUCUGCCAGUUCUGGAUAAUCCGCUGUCCAAGAAGGUGCGAGGCCUCAUUGAUAGCUUAAGGGCACAGAGAUCACGGUACAUGAAGCUUAUCGUGGUGAAACAGGAAGACAAGCUGGAGAUGCUGUUCAAGCACUUCCUGGUGGAAGACAAGAGCUUGAGCGGGGGAGCAUCCUAUGUGGACUUUCUCUGUCAUAUGCACAAGGAAAUUCGGCAGCUACUGAGCUAGAGCAAGUGGGUAAAUGGCAUAGGGUGCCAGCCAGCUUCCCGAAAGUACUCCAGGAUGGCAGAGAAAUUGGAACAGUUCCUUAUCUAAGUCAUGUAAGCUGACCUCAGUCUCUUUGGGGGGAGGGGGAAGUAUAAGGAGACACCUUUCUGGGAUCAAGUAUCCAACCACUCUGUCAUGUCCUGCUGAUGGAAGGUGCCCCUAUCUCCUUGCAUUACCCUCCUUUUCCUGCUAAUCCUGUCGUAAUGAAUGUAGUUUCUCAGUUCACUGUAUAUGAUUCGGUGUUGGGGGAUUUGGAGGCACCCAGACUCUGGCAAUAUUAUGUGUCCCCUUGGACCAGCCUCCAAGAAGAGAGGGGCAGGCAGGAAGGAGUGGGAAUCCCAGGGUUACUAUGGGGGGGGAGGGACUAAUUCAGCUCAGUGUCAUCAACAACUUCCUAUAUUAGGGAUGAAACAUACAGGUGCACAAGAGCUGGGGUAUACAGUGGAGAGAGAAGUGGCUGGUCAGUCCUUCUUGGGUCUGGAAGUCGGCAACCAAGUCAGAGAUAGGGAGAGUGGUUGAUUAGCUUUUCUCUCUCUCCUGCAAUGAUCGUUGAUCACUCAGUGGAUAGAGGCACAUUGUCAGAGAUGAAUGAGCCUGGGAAAUGAGUUGCAAAGCAUAUUAAGACAUGGGAGAGGUACCAGCCUCUUUUCCAGCUGGAGAGGCUCCAACACUGGAUGGUUCUCUAGAGAGCCUGGUCAUCAACUUGCAAUACCUCACAGAGCCAGCCCCUAUCCCACUCUGAGUUCCCACUGGAAACACUGCUUCUCCAAGCUGGGAGUUGUUGGGGAGAGAGUCAGUGGCUGCUGGAGCUCUGUUCUCUCCUGCCGGGACACCACUCCAGCUUUGGUAUUGACAGAGUGGCUGAUAGUUACCUUCCAACCUGAACUGGCUGGGGCAGGACAAGGGCUAGGCUUGAUGGUGGCCAGGCUUGUCUGCUCCCAGCCUGGGAUGCCCCUGCUCUGGACCUCUCAUUUCUCCUCAUUGGUUUAUUUUUCAAUGCAUCUUUAAUUUGUAAAGAAAUAAAAUAAAUUAAGAUGUAACAA